UGUCCCGUUCUUUGCUACCCUCCCCCAGCUCAAAACCUCCAGCCAGAGCCUCAGGCACUCACGGGAAUUUAUCCGAAGAUCUCUUCCUUUUUAGCAUCGUGUCAGUGCCAGCUGCACCGCGGGCUGCGGAGCGGUCGGCAGCACAACCCAGCCCUGCCCUGUGCCCUGCCCUGCCCACGGAGCGAGGGGCAAAGCCGGGUCCAACCGAGCCGGGUCCAACCGAGCCGGGUCUAACAGAGCCGGAGCCGGGUCCAACCGAGCCGCACUGCCCCAGCCCGAGCCUCGGCUGAGCCCGGCGCUGGGUGAGGCUGCCAAGGAACUGACCCAUCCCCAGGGAAGCUCUUUUGGGGUUUCUUUCUCGACCAAAGGGACAUCGCUCUUUUUUUUUAAUUAUUAUUUUUUAAAUUUAUUUCUCUCAAAGCAAUGAAAGGAGUGCCUGGAAAGCUCAAGCAGAAAGCUCAGCCUCUUCACGCUGGCUCCAGAGAGCGCCAGCGUUAACCGGGAUUAAGAAACUCAACUAAUGCUUCCCAGCGCCGGGAUUGCAGCAGCGCGGAGCCUCCCGAGGCGGAGAACCGCGACGGCAAAUCCGGCCGGAUCUCCGGGCAGGCAGAUGCCGCUUAACCCCGGGUUUAUGUGCAUCCCACCUCUGCAGAGCCGCCGGAAAACCACCGUGCCUCCCCUGGGCGGACAGUGAGCGCUGCCAGCCCAGCCGGGGCUGCUCCGUGCCCGCUGCCAGCCGGGCGAAGAGGCGCCGUGUCCGGGGCUGAAGAGGCUCUCAGGCUCUCUGUCCCCCAGCCCAUGCCGGAGAGGUGGCACCCGGCUCGCAGCGCCUUCUCAGAGCUCCCAGCUCAUCCCUGCUCCGUACCCGGGGCUGAAGAGGCUCUGUGUCCCCUAAUCCAUGCAGGAGAGGUGGCACCGGGCUCGCAGCGCCUUCCCCGCACAUCCCGGCUGACCGGCUGAUGAGCCAGCGCAUUUCCCCAAACGAGGAGUGCUGGGGGAACCAGGGCCAGGACACGAGGUACCUGUAUCAUUUUUGAUUCAUAUUUGUGGGUAAAUGCUGUAAAUAUGAGGCAAGAAGAUUUAAAAGAAAGUCGCUGAGCAGUGCAAGUGAAUUAAUUUGUCUCAGACAACAUGCGGCUGGGUUGCAUCCUUUUACAAGCAGGAACACUGUUUCUUUCCUAUGCCAAAGACUGACUGCGUUUGCCCUCCUGUUUUACUUCUGCUGUGGAAGAAAUUUAAGCAAGAACAUGUAUAGUGAAUUGCUCAAUUCCACCAGCGCCACUGAAGCUCACCUAAUGAUUCAGACCAACACGCCCUACCUGAGCAGCACCCCGAGACCCGUGAGCUCCUCUGCUCUUUACAUGUCGACAGCCAGGGUGUUAAAAGAAGGGGAAAUAAAUAAGCCAGACCUGGUGACUUACAUCAUUCUAUUUUUCUUUCUGUUCUUGACUGUGACAUUCAUUGUGUUCUUCAUAAACUGCCAGCUGAAAAAUUCUUUUUUUGCUACUCUUCCUUACGACAGAUCGCUCAGGGAGGCGAGGAACCCGUGGAGGACACAAGCUGUCUGACACCUCUCAUGCCAGCAGGAGCAGGCACCGCAAACCCUGUGCAAUGAGGAGUUGGUGCCAUGUGCCAGUGCAAGGAUGUGAGCCCCUUUAGAGUAGUGGGCAGGAGGAGAUUGCUCCAAAUUCUGCUGUAUGCCAAUCUGAGUAGCUGUAAAUAAAAAGCUCUGUUAUGAACUGAAGAGAAUGGUUUAGCAAAUUGAUACAGUUUUUGCAAAAAAUCGCCCCGUGAUUCCAGAUUAAGCUCUGUGUGUAUGCAAAUGUCAUCAUCCACCCAUUCAGUGUCCAUACAAGGAUAAUUGUAUUAACAACAAUCUCUGAUUUGGGCAUCUGGUGGAGCUUGUUCCCCCAUGUUUAGGAAACCAAGCAUCAAAUGUAAAAAAACAGUGUAUUUACCUAACAACUCCACAGAGAUGAGUUUACUUUCUAGACCCAUUUCUCCCAACUGCAUGGUGAUGCUGUGGGAGGCCUGCCAGGCAGGAGGAGAAAAUGAAAAAUGUUUAUUUAGAUUUUUGAUUGUCAUUCUGUUAAGGGUGUUUUUUGAUGUUUGAAUGCAUCAUCGAUCAAGUCUAAAGUUACUACUUAUGUGAAACACUUACUACCUAAUGAAUUUAUUUUCAUCUUUCAUAAGCUGCAAAGGAAAUUAUUUGCCACAGCAUGAAACCAAAAUAAUCAGGCUGGGGAGAAGUGGGGAAAGAAAAUUAAUAUAUUUAAUAUUAUGCAAACUAAUGAGAAGUGUGAGCAGAGAGCUCCAAGUUUGAUACACAAAGUGGGUAAGUUCUGAAAGCCAUAAAACACAGCUUUAUAGGAAUAGUAGCUUUACUUUACCACUCCCUGCUCUUCAUGUAAACCUAGCCCAAUUAGAAGUAUAAAUGAUCAAUAUGACAACAGCUUGAUUCAACACUGGUCACUGGCAGCCCCUACCAUUUCAAAUUACUAUCUGAUUUCGUUCUAAAAUCAGAACAAAAAAAGCUCCUGCUUCGCACUGGUAGGUGACAAGCUAUUUUGUAGAUGCUGAUUUCUUAUAAACUUGAUUACAGCACAAUUCCAGAUGAAGCUGCAUGAAUGUGGGAAGAGUGUCCAUAAUUCCCACAAACAGCAGGCAAAGGGCUUGGGGUUUGGGUUUUUUUUGUUUUGCUUUUUUUUUUUUUUUUUUUUUUAAAUCAAAUGGCUCAACAUACAGAAUUGCAGCUAUCCAGAAACACCUGGAUACAGUGUGUUUCUGGAUAGCUAAAUCCUAAAUCCUAUUUAACUAAAAAAAUAGUCCUAAAUCCUGUUUUAGCUGUAGUUUUGGGUAUUGGAUCAUCUGAAAUGGGUUCAAAGUGGUGUCAGAUGCUGCUCCUAACCCUGUCCUUGAACUGCAGAGUACUCCAGAGGAGCUGCGUGUAUAUAUGUGUAGAUAACUUAUUUCAUCCAAAGGAGGUAAUUUUACAAUGCAAUUACACACACAUACAGGCUUGCACUCAAGAACACAGACAAAAAGUGUAUAUAUGGAAGUCUGUUUGCAAGCUUCUUCUUUUAUAACCCCAAAAUUGCACAGUUGAUAACACUUCCAUGUCAUUGUCUUUGUUACCAUGUUUUAUUUUGCUCCAAUAAGCUAAACUACUACAUAACAGAUUUCAAUAUUUUAUUCCUUGAUAUGUGGCCAAUAUUUCCUAUGAACCAAAUUUAACUGCUGUAAUUCCAAUUAAUGCAGAAAGCAACAAUAAAUGCAAGUGUAUUUCUCUCAGCCCUUUUUGAAUAAAUCAAGUUUUAUCAAA